AUUCUACCUGGCAGAGCCCCGCGCUCGGUCCGCUCGUGUUUUCACCGCCUCGUUUAACGCGGGUCUCUAGCACUACCAGCGGCUGGCUGGUGCGGGUUAGCACGCUUUAACCCGCGGCUUCAGCCCGCAGCUCGGAGCAGUUUGAUCACCGCUCGUAUGGAGCUGGGAGCCACCGCUAGCCGGCUGGGCGAACUUCUUCCAGACCAAACUUUGCCCAUUUUUCUGCUGCUUGUUAUCUUGUUGUAGUCUGACACUGAGAAUGUGUGGAGGGAAAACCCGCCGCUGUCCUGUUAGAUGCUGUAAAUAAUGAAACGAGGCUCGGAAGCUACCCGUUGUUAGCUUUAGCAGGCCGGGAGCCGCGGAGGUCCCACAGCCGAAGUUAAGGCACUAAAAGGGGGCGUAGCAGCCAGGCGAGUCCGCGGUCUGAGGCCGGCCUCCUGGAGGAGGGCAUGUAUGCAUGUGUGUAGCGGGGCAGUGCAGGUGGCCGUGCGCUGUGUGAGACUCAUCCUGCAUGGACCUGUCACCAUGAGCAACAAGGAGAUGGUUUCCACGGAGACAGAGAAUAAAGGUCAGAGGAAGGUGUUUGUUCCCAACAAGCUGCUGGAGUGUCUUCCUCGCUCGUCCAGUCUGCCCAGCGAGCGGCUCAGGUGGAACACUAACGAGGAGAUCGCCUCCUACCUGGUAUCCUUCGACAGACAUGACGAGUGGCUCUCCUGCACCCUGAAAACCAGGCCGAAGAACGGCAGCAUCAUCCUGUACAACAGAAAGAAGGUGAAGUACAGGAAGGACGGAUACUGCUGGAAGAAAAGGAAGGAUGGAAAAACGACGAGAGAGGACCACAUGAAGCUGAAGGUCCAGGGCACGGAGUGCCUCUACGGGUGCUACGUCCAUUCCGCCAUCGUGCCAACAUUCCACAGACGAUGCUAUUGGCUGCUGCAGAACCCAGACAUCGUGCUGGUCCACUACCUGAACGUGCCGUCGCUGGAGGAUUCUGGGAAAUGCAGUCCGCUGCUGUGUGCCGUGUCCGACCGCCAUGACAGCGUGAGGUGGAGCCGGGACGACCUGCUGAGCCAGCUCAAGCCCAUGUUCCACAGUAUGAAGUGCUCUGUGGGGUCAGGUGACUUCAGCAUUGAGGAGUUGGUUCAGCACAUCCUGGACCGACAGAGAACCAAACCACAGCCCCGCACACACACCUGCCUCUGUAACACCACCCAGGUGUCGUCAGGAGUGAACAUUCCUCACCGCUGCAACAGCACCAAACACCGCAUCAUCUCCCCCAAGCUGCCCCCCUCCUCCUCCUGUAGACCCGCCCCCUCCCCGCUGUCCGAGCUGGGGGAGGGGGGCAAGGGCGGAGCGGGAGGAGACGCCAAGCUGCCUCACCUGCAGGCUCAGAGCAGCCCCGCCUCCUCUCCCAGCCCGUCCUCCACCUUGGCGUCAUCACCCCCUCAGCCCCACCCGGCCGCCAUCGCCAUGAGCAACCAUGGCAACAGUUUUUACAGCGAUCACCAUGGCAACCUAGCCACGGUGGCUUUGCCCCAGAAUGCGGUCAUUGUCAUGGCAACCACUGCCAUCCCAGGAGGGGGUCAGGGAGGGAGAGGAGGUGGGGCCAGAGCUGAGGAGGCGGGGCGGAGGCGGAGCUUCGGACAGCUGCUGCUCUCCCCCACUCUCCCUCCCCCUGCAGGGAAAGCUGUCUCCCCCUCCCCUCCAUCCUCCUCCCCCUCCCCAACUCCCCCUGUCCAGGCUCCUGGGAUAACCACCCUCUCCCUCACCCUCCUGCCCUCCCCCGUCAUCGGGGGUCUGCUCCUCACCCCCUCCUCUUCCUCUAACACCUCCCUCCAGACUCCCCCGCCUCCUCCUGCUGCUGCCUCCCCUCCAUCACCUCCCUCCUCCCCCUCUCCCCCUCCACCUCCCCCAUCCCUCCCUCCAGCCUUUGACCCGGACUCCUUCCUCAACUCCCCCAAACAAGGACAGACAUAUGGUGGUCCUCCUCUGACUUCCACCCCAACUCCCACCAUUAUCAGAACCUCCUCCCCUUUCUCUCACCCCUCCCUCGCUCUCUCCCUGUCUCCCACUUCCACCCCGCCCUCCUCUGUCUCCCCCCCCUCCUCCUUCUCCUCCCUGUCCUCCUCGGAGAUGGACAGGAGAGAUUCUGCCAUGACCCUGUCCACCUCCCCCUCCUCCUCUUCACCACCUUCCUCCACCCUCCCCCCCUCCCUCGCUCUCUCCUUAUCCCCCACCUCCUCUGUGGCCCCCCCCAUCCUCCCCCUCUGCCUGGAGCUGGGAGCUCUGGGAGAGUCAGAGGGAGGGAGGGAUGAGUCAGGGGGAGGUGUGAAAGAGGUAAAGGACAGGAGAGUUGAAGAUGAUGAUGAUGAAGGCAGGGCUCCGCCCACAAAGCUGGCUCUGCUUCAGACGAGCCAUGCUCCAUCCACCUCGUCUCCUCGACAACAGACAGACUCCGCCUCCCUUCUCAUAGUUUGCCCCAACCCAGCGGCUCAGCCCUCCCAGAUAGCCAAUCAGACACAACGACAGGCUGACGGACAGCAGUCGUUGGUCCUGUCUGUCCCUGAAUCCACGUCCUCUGCUGACAUCACCCAUCAGUCUCUGUUUACUAACGACAAAACAGACUUGGGGCCUGUUUCCAUGGAUACAGCUCCUCUGGCAACGCCCCCCGUCCACGUGAAGGAGGAGACGAGACCGGACUACGACACAGAGGACGUACGCAUGGACACUCGCUCUGCGGAGGAGGCGGAGCCUUGUGAACGUGGAGGGGAGGAGCUUGAUGUCUCUUUCGACAGCCAGUUUCCUGACCUAAUCUCUGACCUCAUCACCGAAGAGACCAAUCCCGCCACUGGCCCCACCCCUUCCUGCACGACAGCGGCCGUGGCGGCUCCAAACCCGGCUGUGUUCCCCACAGGAGUCCGCUACGUGGUACCGCCACAGCCCUCACCUUCCUCCUCCUUCCUCCCAUUCCCUCACCCGCUGCCCGCCUCCUCCACUCGCCUAGCCACCAUCACCGACUUCUCUCCGGAGUGGUCCUACCCAGAGCUUAUCUCUGAUUUUUCUGUCUCCUGUCUUUCAGCCCACGAGGCCGGUCUGGUGUGUCUCCAGGUCCUGGAGUCCGGAGGUUCGGUUUCCUCGUCAGUUCUGUUCGAGUACCGAGCAAGGAACGCCAGCUCUCUGCCGAGCUCUCAGCUGGACUGGCUCUCUCUGGAUGAUAAUCAGUUCAGGAUGUCCAUCCUGGAGCGGUUGGAGCAGAUGGAGCGCAGGAUGGUGGAGAUGACGUCCCGCGACAACAACCAGCAGCAGAAGCAUCAGCAUCAGCAGCACGGCAGCCAGCUGGCCACACCCCCUCCCCCUCUACCUGAGGACCGUGACCAGUCCUCUCAGUGGUUUGAGAGGAGAAUUGUAGGAGUGUGUGAGCGGAUGAUGAGAGGAGGAAGAUGGGGAGGAGGAGGAGGAGGAGGAGGAGAGAGACUCCAUCACUCAGUCCGUCACCGUGGGAUGACGCUGCUUCACCUGGCUGCUGCUCAGGGAUACACACACCUGAUCCACACGCUGAUACACUGGAGGAGGGUAAACGGCGACAGCCUGGACCUGGAACAGGAGGUUGAUCCUCUGAAUGUAGACCACUUCUCCUGCACGCCUCUGAUGUGGGCGUGCGCUCUGGGCCACCAGAGGGCAGCAGAGCUGCUGUACAGCUGGAACAGUCUGGCUCUGGGGAUCCCGGACUCUCUGGGCCGCCUCCCGCUCGCUGUCGCCCGCUCGCGCGGACACACACGACUCGCUACGGCGCUUGAAGAGCUACACACACAGCGUGCUCACGUGGCAUCCAGAGAUGUCCACACGCCUCCAGCGGACGCGCCCCAACUGUCCCCGUCCCCUCUGUCCACCAGCCCGGACACGGGUCUCAGCUCCUCCAGCAGCCUCCCCUCCCCCAGUGACCCCUCCUCCCCUUCUCCGAGCUCUGCCUACUCCAGCGGCCCCACCCCCAUGGACACCUCCCCCUUCUCUCCUUCAUCUCUCUCCUCCUCUUCCUCACUGCCUGUGUCCCCUCCCUCUCCCUCCUCCCUCCCCCUCUCCUCUCUACCUGCAGUGUCCAUGUGGGGGGAGGAGCCAAACAUCACUUUUAGCACAGGAAACCCAGGUUUGAACCCUGGCAGUUCCAGAGACCCCUCCACCUACCAUAUGGACUAUGAGAACGCCUCCUAUGCCCACACACACUCCUUCACACACUUGGCGGGGGGGCGGCGGCUCCACCCAGCGCCGACGCUGGAGGAGCAACUGCUCAGCUACAGCGAGAACGCCGAGAAUGAGGGCGGGGAAGAGGAGUACCUGGAGGAGGAGGUGCUGCAGGUUGACAUGGCAACGCUGGCGGAGCAAAUUAUCGAGGCCACCCCAGAGCGAAUCAAACAGGAGGACUUCCCCAGAGGGGCGGAGUCACCACUCAGAGAGAGGCGGGACAACCCCGCCAUCCAGGACACAUGGCUGGCAACUUACCUGGAGACGGUUGACGCCCAAACGCACUCCCCACCUAGGCGGGUGUGUCCCCCAUCUCCUCUCAGUGCUUUGGCCCUCCAGAGGCUCCGCCCCCCUUCCUCUGCAGCAUGGGCAGAGUUCUUGAAUGCGUCGGCCAAUGGGAAGAUGGAGCGAGACUUCGCCCUGCUGACGCUGACGGAUGGCGAGCAGAGGGAGCUCUACGAGGCCGCCAGGAUCAUCCAGAACGCCUUCAGGCGGUACAAGGGUCGGCGGUUAAAGGAGCAGCAGGACAUGGCUGCAGCCGUCAUCCAGAGAUGCUACAGGAAGUACAAACAGCUAACAUGGAUAGCUCUGAAGUAUGCCCUCUACAAGAAGAUGACCCAGGCGGCCAUCUUGAUCCAGUCCAAGUUCCGCUCGUACUACGAGCAGAAGCGUUUCCAGCAGAGCCGGCGGGCGGCUGUCCUCAUCCAGCAGUACUACCGCAGCUACAAGGAAUACGAGAGGCUGAAGCAGACGCCGCGAGGCGCCGCCAGCCACAACCCCAAGAUCAAGGGGUCAUUCCUGACGAAGAAGCAGGACCAGGCGGCGAGGAAGAUCAUGAGGUUUUUGCGGCGCUGCAGACACAGGAUUAAAGAGCUGAAGCAGACGCGGGAGCUGGAGAGGAGAGGACUGACCACCUAGACGUCCUCACCUCAUCCCGUCUUCAUGUGGAGGACGGACGGAAAGAAACCAAGCCGCAGGCGAAGAGGACGGUGACGGAGAGAUGCCUUACGCCACGCCAACUCUUCCUCUUCUUUCCUCUGCUUCCUGUCUAAUCUAUCACCCAGUCUAUCCAUCCGUCAGUCGUCUGUCUGUCUGUCUCCUGAAUGUAGCUGUCUGUCUGCAGCCUGAAGAGCUUCGUUCAAGAGCUUCCCGUCCCUGAGCGCCGUCUGGCAGGAUCAGGGUCGUCUGGCAGAAUCAGGGUCCCGUCCCUGAGCGCCGUCUGGCAGGAUCAGGGUUUCGUCCCUGAGCGCCGUCUGACAGGAUCAGGGUCGUCUGGCAGGAUCAGGGUUCAGAUUUCAUUCUGGUGACUUCUUGCUUGCAGGAUAGCGGAAGUGUCCAGCUCUCCCAGAAUCCUCUGCUGCGUCCCUCCAGACUGAGAGCAGACCUGAAUGUCUGGCCCUUUUGGACGGAGCUUGUUGGACCCGAGCGUUCAGGAUUAUAACGAAGCUGAGAAUAUUUAAACUCAAUCACUUAUAGAAACGUAUAUAUUCUAAAGUUUAUAGAAGCUCUGGAUGUUUUUAUUUAUCACAGCAUGAACUGUUAUUGUGAAUGUAUGAGGUGUGUGUGUGUGUGUGUGUGUGUGUGUGUGUGUGUGUGCGCUGCACAGACUGUGCAGUCGAGUCUUAAUACCCCCCACCCCGACCCUGACCCCCUUAUUAAACUCCCCUGGGCAACAUUUCAGCUCCGGGCCGCUGGUUUUAUAACGCGAGCUUUUGGCACGGAAUGAUGCUCAGCCGACCAUGAGCUUCUGUUGGUAACGAGUUGUUUUUCUUUCGUCUUCUCGGUGUGGAUGAAAUGUUGAGUUGAUCUGUUGCAGUAACGCUUUGCACGAGUUUUAUUUCACUUUUCUGCAUCUGACAUGAAAUCAGCAGCAUUAUUCUACUUCUACCAAUAAAUCAGCUGUUUCCUGUU